AGCCUCUAGACCAGGCUGCCCAGAGCCACAUCCACUCUGGACUUGAAUGCCUCCAGGGAUGGGGCAUCCACAACCUCCUUGGACAUCUGAACUCUUCAGAGAAAGUAGCACUGAGCAAAAGAGAUGGUACUGACUUAGCUAUGAGUGUUUCAUCUAAUGUGUUAGAUUGAAAGGUAGACUAACCUUUUAGUCAGUCUACAUCUCUAAACCCCAAGGCAGGAAUUUGAACUGUUUGGUGACUUCUUGCAUAUGUUGUGUACACACAGCAGGAAGUGAUGGAGAAACUUGAGGAGACAAAGCUUCUUUCAGCUUUUCUUCCUAACCUGUUGCAUUGACCUGAUCUAGCAGAUAAGGACCCCGCCAGCUGCUUACUCACAGCCCCCACUCCUCAAAGCAGGACAACAGGAAGAAAAGUUGUGGGUUGAAGUAAAGGCAGUUUAACAUGAGAAUCAAAGCUGUACUUGCUUUACCUUCUUCCAAGGUGAAAAUCGUGUUGUAGUGUGUUAGUUACCUUUCAUACUGUAUGCUUUAAGAUGGCUGAUGAUAAAACUAACAGAUAGCUCUCCAGCAGCAAGAGAUUCUGCUUAGCCUUUCAGAUGGCUUUUAAUAUUUCUGAUUCAUAGUGGCUACUGGCUAAGGAGGCUAGCAAGGAGACUUGAAAGGGGAAGUCUUGUAGAGUUUCUGGUAGACACAAAAUAGGUGGAUUCAUUUUGUCAUGUCAGCUCAGGAUUUCAGGUGAAAUUUGCUUUUUGAGUACAGCAUACUGAGUUGACAAGACAGUACACAUCGCUGAUAGAUGAAGUCUCUUUUCUAAAAUGUUCAUAUUUGCAGAUACUGAUCACUGUUAUGAUUGCAUGUUUAUUUCUGAUGUUUUCCUUAAUAACGAAAGAAAUGCUUAUUGGGUACUUCCAGUGAUAACCAGAAAUAGCAGCGGAAAACUCUGCUCAAAGGAAGUGAGGUUUUAUUUGAAUCCUUCAAUUACUGAGAUGCCUGUAUCAGUGUCCUUCUGCUGCAAAUUCUUUUUUCCUGAUAACUUACAAGUUUGCUGGCAGCAGAAUCUAUGGAUUAGGUCCUUCUGUGUUGAGUGCAACUCUGAUCUUUAUACUUCUUUCCCAUGCAUGCAUUAUUACUGCUUCCUCUUGUUCAGUAUUUGACCAGCGACCACAUUUAUCAGUGUUUCUUCUGUGUGACAUCACUGGUGUUUGCAUACCAUUGGUUUUUUUGCUUCUUCUUUUAUGGUUUAAUUCAUUGGGGUGUUCUUUCAUUUGAUUGGAUGAAAGGCAUGAGAAUUUUAAAGAAUUUGUUAAAGAUGCGCAGUUCAAUUUUAAGUUUUCCCAGGCUAGCCAAUCUUUCAGACCCCUUUUGAUGACUCAUACAGUUAGUUGGAGAAGACAUUAGAGACUACUGAAAUAUCUCUUCCUCUGAGUUACAAGGGGAAGGGAUUUUCCCUUGCAAAAAAGGGUUUCUAUUUGAUUCCUUAUUAAGAUGAAAGGAGGGUGGAAUAAGGUCUCUCCCAUCUUGAGAAAUGUGUACUUUAAUCUUUAGGUGGUUAUAUAACAAUCCCAUUGCUAUUACAAUUUGUUUACUUUAAAGAAAAACAAACAAAACAAAAAAACCCUACUUCAUAACUGACAAGGAUUGUUGUUAAUGUAAGGUCUUACCCAAUGGUAAAGAGCAGUAUUGUUUUUACCAAGGUCUUAGACAUAAUGGCCUAUUCAUGUUUAUAAGAAUAAAAACUCCAUAUUUAGAUUCAAGUCGGCAGAAAUCCUUUAACUGGUUUUAACAUCAGUUUAGCAUCCUUGGACAUCUGAUAAAUGGUAUAGAUUGGUGUCAGAAUAGAUGUGGGAUUUUGGUGAUGACAGAAUCAGCUUUUCACCUAAAUUUUCAGUAUUUUACUCUUCCUGUUCAAUCAGCUAAGUGCAGGGCAUCUUUUGACAGUUAUUAUACCUGGUCAUGUUUGUAGGAGUGGCUCAUGUUCCAGUGGGAGUUGUCAGGGUUUGCUUCUAACUUCUAAUUAGUAUGCAAAUGUUCAUAAAAACAACCGUUUGGAGAGCAAAGUUGUGCUAAAAAUUCACCUUUCCCCAUAUCAUUGUUUGUAGUAGCGACAGAUUUAUGGAUGUUGGGCUGAGGAGUGAACCUUCACAGGAGGAAAAAAAAAAAAAGAAAAAACAAAAAAAAACAAUACUCAACAGCAAACAAUUUAGCCUAGUUUUCCCUGGACAAUAUACUAAGUGUACAAGCUCUUCUGAGUGCUUAUUUGUGAUUAAUGUAUACAGUUUCAGAGAACACAAUCUUCUAUGUAAACAAGCAAGAACCUGAUUCAGGCAUACUCUUAAGUCCUGAAGUUGGUGUGUUUACAUUAGCGCAUUGUUAAGGUCUAUUGCUAUAGCCUUCUCUAGGUUCCAUGGUUUAGUGACACUGGGUGAUAACGUGGUGUUGAAAAUGCCAAUCAGAAGAUCUAAUUGUGACCAGACAUGAACAGCAAGUGCCCACAGAUGUUCUAAAGAACAGUCUCUUCAGGCUGAUGGCAGUUGCCUUUGCAAUCAGACUUUGCUUUUGCAUAAGUAUGUAAAUGUGGAUAUCAGACAUCGCAGUGCAGACUUAAUUUUAGUAAUUAGUUGUAGUAGUUCUGAUUCCUUCACUUUCCCUGGUUGUCAAUUUGCUUCCAAACUUGCAUCUUUAAAUUGCAGCCUUAUUGGCUGUGAUUUAAGGUGGUUCAUUAGAGUGCUCAGUAGCUCAUUGAUCUUAUCCAAAUAGAAGGAAGGUGUUAAGUAAUCUUCUUGUCUAGCAAAAUAUAGAUGAGAUGAGUAGUCUCAGGUUGAUAGGAAGUUAGCUAACAGACUGUGGUGGUGUAGAAUGUUUGAUGUUUUAUGUUUAUAACUCAGGCUGGCAGCCUGUCACAAGUAGGGUUCCCUAAGGACAGACAGUGGCCCCCAUGAUUCCAGAUCUUUGGAAGUGAUUUGGAUGAUGGAAUUGUGAGUGCACUUGGCAGGUCUGGUGAUGAUGCUAAGGUGGAUGUUGAGGUGAACACUUGAGAAUUGAGAACCCUCUUUUGGAAGAGGAAGCAAGCACGAACCAUACAAAAUCUGGCAAAGACAAGUGCAAGGUUCUGCACCUGGGAUGGCAUAACCAAAGAGCCCAGUACAGGCUAGGAUGUGUGCAGCUAGGAAGCAGCUUUUCUGGAAAGGACCUGUGGGGUCCUGGUGGACAAUAUGAUGAACAUGAGUCAGCAGUGUGCUGCUGCAGCAAUGAAGGCAAAUCAGAUCCUGGACUUCCUCUUCAGGGCCAUUACCAGCAGAGACAGAGGUGUGAUCAUUCCACUCUACUCUGCUUGUCAGGCUGCACCCAGAGUGCUGUGUCCAGCUCUGGUACCUAGAGUUCAAAAAAUAUCUGAACAGACUGGAUAGGAUCCACAAAGAUGAUCAAAGGGCUGGAGGACCUGCCUUAUGAGGAAAGACUGAAGGAGUGAGAUCUCUUCACCCUGGAGAAGAGAGGGCUUGCUUGUGACCUCAUCACAGUGUUCCAGUACUUAGAGUGGCUUCAUAGAGGAUGGAGGCGACUCUUUACAGGAAGCCACAUAGGAGAAGACUCUGAGCUGCUGAUACAAGUUGCGGAUCACUGCCUUCAAGCUCAAGAAUGGUCCAUCGUGACAAGAAGGAAACAAGCAGAGGUGGCAGGAGCCCUGCAUGGAUCAACAGAUUGCUCCUGCAAAAUAAAAUCAGACAUAAAAAAAAAAUCAUACUGAGUUUGGAAACGCACCAAAGACAAUCCUAUCAAGCUCCAGGUGUUGGAGAUUGCCUCCGUCAGCAAUUAGGGUCGCGUCUUGCAUGGACUCUAACUGCAAGCCAGCCGUCUUUACAAAGCACUACCUCAAAAGGCUUUUCAAAUGCUGUCUCACGUGGCGUACCAAGGUCAAGGCGAGAAGGAGAUUCAAGUGGCUCUGUUGAGAUAACUGAAGCAAACCUUGUAAGAGAUGUUUUGUACGUCUUCCAGGGAAUAGAUGGCAAAAACAUCAAAAUGUGCAAUUCUGAAAAUUGCUAUAAAGUUGAGGGGAAGGUGAGCUUGUCCAAAUCUCUCAGAGACACCACAAGCAGACUUGCAGAGUUGGGAUGGCUACAUAAUAAAAUAAGAAAAUACACAGACCAAAGGAGUUUGGAUCGUGCAUUUGGACUUGUGGGUCAGAGUUUUUGUGCAGCCUUACAUCAGGAACUGAAAGAAUACUACCGACUUCUGUCUGUUUUGCAUUCUCAGCUCCAGUUGGAAGAUGAUCAGGGUGUAAAUUUGGGACUUGAGAGCAGCUUAACACUUCGUCGUCUUCUCGUCUGGACAUAUGAUCCUAAAAUAAGGUUAAAGACCCUUGCAGCACUUGUUGAUCACUGUCAAGGAAGAAAAGGAGGUGAGCUAGCUUCAGCCGUUCAUGCCUAUACUAAAACAGGAGAUCCCUACAUGAGGUCUCUGGUUCAGCACAUUCUUGGUCUGGUAUCCCAUCCUGUACUGAAUUUUCUUUAUCGAUGGAUUUACGAUGGAGAGCUGGAGGAUACAUACCACGAGUUUUUUGUAGCUUCAGAUCCUACAGUUAAAACUGACCGGUUGUGGCAUGACAAGUACACUUUGAGGAAAUCAAUGAUCCCUUCUUUUAUUACAAUGGAGCAAUCAAAAAAGGUCCUCCUAAUAGGAAAAUCCAUAAACUUCUUGCAUCAAGUUUGUCAUGACCAAACUCCAUCCACAAAGAUGAUUGCUGUGGCUAAAUCUGCAGAAUCUUCGAAAGGUGCUGCUGAUUUGUUCACGGAUCUGGAAAAUGCAUUUCAAGAGAAAAUUGAUGCAGCUUAUUUUGAGACCAGCAAAUACUUGCUGGAUGUUCUCAAUAAGAAGUACAAUUUACUGGAACACAUGCAGGCCAUGAGGCGUUACUUACUACUUGGUCAAGGAGACUUUAUCAGACAUUUAAUGGAUUUGCUCAAACCUGAGCUUGCACGACCAGCAACAACGUUGUACCAGCAUAACCUAACAGGAAUUCUUGAAACAGCAGUGAGGGCGACUAAUGCACAGUUUGAUAACCCUGAGAUUCUCAAACGAUUGGAUGUUCGACUUCUGGAGGUAUCUCCUGGGGACACUGGAUGGGAUGUCUUCAGUUUGGACUAUCAUGUUGACGGACCAAUAGCAACGGUGUUUACACGUGAGUGCAUGAGCCACUAUUUAAGAGUAUUUAAUUUCCUUUGGAGAGCGAAGCGAAUGGAAUACAUUCUUACUGAUAUAUGGAAAGGACACAUGUGCAAUGCAAAGCUUUUGAAAAGUAUGCCAGAGCUUUCUGGGGUGCUGCAUCAGUGUCACGUUCUGGCAUCAGAAAUGGUCCAUUUCAUUCAUCAAAUGCAGUAUUACAUUACAUUUGAGGUGCUUGAAUGCUCAUGGGAUGAACUCUGGAACAAGGUCCAACAAGCACAGGACUUGGAUCACAUCAUUGCAGCUCAUGAAGUUUUUCUGGACACAAUCAUAGCUCGGUGCUUGCUGGAUAGCGAUUCCAGGGUACUUCUCAACCAACUAAGAGCUGUUUUUGAUCAGAUCAUUGAGCUCCAGAAUGCCCAGGAUGCAAUGUACAGAGCUGCUCUGGAAGAGUUGCAACUAAGAUUGCAAUUUGAAGAGAGGAAGAAGCAACGUGAGCUUGAGGGCAAAUGGGGUGUAACUGCAUCAGAAGAAGAAGAAGAGAAGAAAAGGAUAAAAGAAUUUCAAGACUCAAUACCCAAAAUGUGCUCACAGCUGCGAAUACUCACUCACUUUUACCAGGGAAUCGUCCAGCAGUUCUUGGUCUUGCUGACAACCAGUUCUGAUGAAAGCCUUCGAUUUCUUAGCUUUAGACUGGACUUCAAUGAGCAUUAUAAAGCAAGAGAACCAAGGCUUCGUGUGUCUUUGGGCACUAGAGGCAGACGAAGCUCACAUAUGUGAAACAGCUGCUAAGGACUGCACCUCGGUAUCCGAAGGAUAUUGAACCUCUUGUUGGACAAGGCAAUCAGUGUUGACAUAAUAAAACCAAAUUGUGCGUAGUAGGUGUCCACCAUUUCUGCAGACAACGUUUUCAGUCAUGUGAUUGUGUGACACUAUAUAACAGGAAGCAAAAAAGUAGGUUUGUGGAUUUUUUUUUUUUACACACUAAUGUUUAUAGAAUUAUCAGAUUAAAUGGGCUUCUUAAACCUCUUAGAAUCAUCCUUAAGUCAUCCUUUCAAACAAAUGCCAUUUUUAUUUGAAGCUUUGUAAGCUCUCUCCACUGUAACUUAUAUUUGUGUCAAAAAACUCACAUCCUUUGUUUCAGAAAGCACCGUUUCCUUUUUUAACAAGAAAAUAAAAAGGUUAUUUUUUCUAUAUGUACUUGUUCUAUUUGAAAAGAGCUUUUGUUAAAGCCAACGGAUCAGGACACAGACCUCAUGUCCUCAUUAUGAAGCUAUCCAGCAUUUCAUUAUGCUGAUUUUCAGUUUUGUGAUGUGUUUGACUGUGUAAGAAACUUUGUAUCUGGAGACAUAAACUUCUAUUUAAUUUUUUCUUCGUUUUCAAAGUUUACAAUUUGAAAUAAAAUAACUGGCAAAUUCUAUAGUUACUGUACAGGAGAAAACUAUAGAAGCAGAGCCAGGAGUAAAUCUAUUGCACAUAAGAUCUAAGAACUGAAGUUACUCAGUACUGUAAAAGUGGAAGUCUCAAUUAAGAUUAAAGUGAAUGAAAUAAUUGAUGUUCAAAAUCUGAUGUGUAGAAGCAAUCUAAAUUGGAUAAUGUUGAUUUCAUUCUCUUCCCUUGCCUAUUUUUUCAUUGUAAAUAUUUAUAUAUUGCUGUCCAGAUGUGGGGAGAGGAGGGAUUCUUCUUUUGCAAAGUUGUCACUAUAUCAGGUCAUUUAUUAUGUUCCACAGGUACAAGCUUAGAAAAAUAAAAACAACUAUCUUUCAAA